AUGCUAAUUCGCAUGUAUGAGUAUGAUACUCAGAUUGCUAUUAACAACAGCAGCACAAUCGAGGAUGAUAUGCUGACUGUUCGUUUCCCUAAUUCUGGAAUCCUGUAUCUACGUUCUUCUGAUAAUGUCCCUAAGACUAAGAAGAUACGAAUUAUCACAGGUAACCAGCAGAAACCAAAGAAAAAUGACGAUUAUAUGAAACAGAUAACUUCUGACUUCAGUAAAAUCUAUAAUUAUCUAAACAACAUGCUGGAUAAUAAACAAAUCUCUGAUCGUCUUUACCAUGACUUACGAGAAUUCAUCAACAGAGUAGCUGAUCAGAUAGCUAGAAAACAUGAUGAUAUCAAGAAAGGAGUGACCAAUAUCAUGGGUGGAAAAAUUAUUGUAACAGCCACAAAAAGAUACUAUAACGAAGGUUUUAACCUCGGUAGUGAGCAAAUGGCUGAUCUCAUCAACGAGCUAAAUUCUAGACUUAUUGAAGCAAAUCGAUACGAUGAUCUAAAAUUAUCCAGUGCCAAUAAAUCUUAUCAAAAGCAACUUAUGAAGGAAUUCGGCUUAGAAAUACCAAAAGAUAUCCCUGAUAAUCUUAUACCAGACAAUAUAGCGGUAAAUUAA